CUAUAUGUUCAGAAAUAAAAAAUAGAUGUAACAAGUGAAAACAGCUUCGGAUACAGUAUAACGAACAAUAUUUAAUUUUCAAAGUGAUUUACUUAGCAUUACUCUUUCACCCUGAUUCGAUAUCGAGUCAUUUUGAUUUAAAUAUGUUCAAAAUCGAAAAGUGUGUGUAAUAAAUGAACGAAGAACUGAGCAUUUAACGUAAAUAAUUGUUGACUUACUCUUUAUAUAGUGCUGGUAUUGAGUUAAGUGUUCGCAAAGUGCCUGACGGAUAAUAAAAAAAAUAAAGACGAAAAAGUAGAUGAAUAAAACACUGUUGAACUGAGAUUAUCAGCAACAAUUGAUUUAAGUUAAACAACAACAAAAAAGUUCAACGAUUGAUAAAACGCACAUUGAAGAGUAAACCACCCAGUACCUUAAAUUUGUUCCGAAGAUUUGGUUUCGUGAAAUUUACCUACAAAAUAAAACAACAUCAAAAUAAAAUAGAAAAUGAUUUAACAGUAAUACUGUUCAUCAUUAUCAUUAUCAUCGUAAUCAUCAAAUUUAUAGAAUAAAAAAAAGCAAAGUUUAUUGACUUACUGAGACUGAAACAAAAAAAAAUUAGUGAAAUCAACCAAUCUCAUCGAGACUGAUCUCAUGAAGCACCAUCGAUUGUCAUACUUCCGGAUUUAUCUACAACAUAUAUAAUUAAAUUCAAUAUAUAUAUUUUAUGAGUGCUCUAAAUCAUUUCAAACAAAGAAUUGAUUCAAGUUUUCAAUUGCCUUCGAAGUAAAAAUUUCCGACAAAACAGGAAUCUUAGUUGAAAAAUUAGAUAGCAUUAUUUAAAGAAUACAGAUAGAAAAACUUCUGAGCAAACAAAAUGCCUGAAGUGCUUACAUUAUCUAGUAUGGCCGAUGCCGAGCCAGAUUUGUCAACGUUUGAGAACAAAACUGGAUUGGCUGAGGAUAUGAAAUUUUUAGCAUCAAUGCCAGAGCUGUGUGACGUAACAUUCCUUGUUGGUGAUACCAGAGAGCCCGUUUGUGCCGUAAAGGCUGUACUAGCGGCUCGAUCGCGUGUAUUUCAGAAGAUGUUAUAUCAAGCUCCAUCGCCACAACGUAAGAAGGAGCCACCACCACGUGAGAAUAAACUUCGACUUUUUUUGAAACGUUCAUCUGAACCACUUCUGAAUUUACAAAAUGCAGCGCAACAGCCAUCUGGACAAGCACAUCAAACGUUAAUUAUUGAAGAAUUUGAACCGGACGUAUUUCGUCAAUUGAUCGAGUACAUACAUACUGGAUGUGUAACAUUACAACCACGAACAUUGCUUGGUGUCAUGAAUGCGGCUGAUUACUAUGGAUUGGAAGAAUUACGACGGGCAUGUGCUGGUUUUGUACAAUGUUGCAUCAAUGUGGACACAGUGUGCGCUUUAUUAGCAUCGGCUGAACGUUAUAUUCAAUACAAAUGUACGAAAAGUUUGGUACAAAAAGUACUUGAGUUUGUUGAUGAGCAUGGCAAUGAAGUUUUAAAUUUGGGUAGCUUUACGUUGCUUCCACAACAUGUUGUUCGUUUGAUUUUGGCCCGUGAAGAGUUACGAGCUGAUGAAUUCACCAAAUUUCAGGCGGCUUUGAUGUGGAGCAAAAAAUACUGCGACAAUAACCCGAAUGUGCCGCUGAAGGAAGUGGUUGGGAAUUUUCUGGAAUAUAUACAAUUUCAUAAAAUUCCUGCUAAUGUUUUGAUGCGAGAAAUACACCCGCUAGGCUUGGUACCAUAUUCGAUAAUUAUGAAUGCCCUAGCAUAUCAGGCCGAUCCGGCAAGUAUUGAUCCUGGUAAUUUGUCGCCAAAUUCGAGUCGUGUCAGAAGACAUCACCACCACCACUCCAAGCACCUCCCAAAAAUCCGCAAAGCCAAAUCACAAAGCUUCCGUACCAGACGCUCUCCCUCUGAACGUCGAAGUCCAAACUCUUUUAUACCAUUUAAUCUUGGCCCAAACACCACAAUCGAACGUAAACGUAGUCCAUCACAAAAAAGCCCGAGCAUUGUGUCGAUGUCUCAGCAAGAAAGUAAAAGUUUUGGUAGUAUGUCGUCAAAGAGCCCAUUUUCUUUAUCGCGUCAAGGUACAUUGCGCACAUCUCAUUCGCGUAAAAAUAGUACUGGACAUACAUUGACCUUGAAUACUGGCCGAAGAAGUCCAAGUCAGCAAUUGAUAAGUCCUGCAAGUGGCCGAAGAUCUCCAGUAUUCCUAAUGUAUGAUGGUAAUCGGACGCCGCUCGAUUUACUGGAACACAGAAAAAGUCCAACAACAAUGUUUCCGGGAAAUAGUAAAAGUCCAACUGGACAUCGUAGCCCGCUGGGCUUUGGUCCAGAGUUUGAUAGACGCAGUCCAACACCAACGGUACACGUACAAGAAAAAAGUCCCACCGCUGUAUUACUAGGUUUCGAUGAUGGCCGACGUAGCCCAACGAUACAAGUACAAUCACGUCGAUCGCCAAUCAAUUUUCCACAAGGUUUGAACACAUUGCAUGUACCACCGAUCACAGUAUCGAAUCCCUCAGAAAGUUGUGGAAUUACAGAAAAAAUGUAUGAUGUAUCUUCUUCGCCUGAAAUACCAACAUCAGACACUGGUGCGCAAAACAAACAAUCUCCAAAAGAGGAGCAACCAGUUGAAGUAAAUGAGCCACGGAAAGAGCGUAGUGUGAUGAGAGAACUUUUGGCUUUUGUACGAAUUCCUUCCAAGAAAUCAGCAACACGAACGGGAAAAUUUGCGGCCGCAUUUUCUCGAGCUGAAUCAAAUUCAGCAACACCAUUAAUACGACAAAGUACAUUUACUAGUGCACCAAGAGCGUCUAGUGGUGCAGCAAAAACUGCUGUUACAAAACAACUAUCCGAGGCCGGACUUGAGUCGAAAAUGUCAUUGAAAUUAUUAAAUUCGAAAAUGUCGUUUCGCUUACGACGCACCGUUGAAAAAGCAAAAGAUAAAAAAUCAAGCGGCGAGGAAAUUAGUGACUUGGAAACUGAUCCAAAAGCUCAAACAUUCGAAUUAGAUAGUGUUCGAUUUGAAAAGGUCGGCGAAUCAUAUAUAAAACAUGAGAAAAUUCGUGAAGAAACAAUCGAAGAUGCAACUCCAAGUCCAGUUCAAAUAGUCAACAUAAAUACACUAGAUUUUGAUAAGCAAAAUAAAAAAGUAGUUAGUAAUAUAAAGUAUAAUGUGCAGAUGCGGAAGGGAGGAGCGAAGCCACAAAAUCACGGACAAAUGCGAGAUGAAAAUAGAGAAAGUGUUGAUAGCAUCAAGGAUGAUGGAAUCACAAUCAAUGGAAAUCUAACGCAUGCCACAAGUUUCACUGAGGAGGCGGUUAACACACUCAAGAAUGCACUCGAACAUUUUGUGUUAAAACCGGAACCAGUGUAUGCGAAAAAAGGUGCAAAUACGAUCAAGGAUGUUAGUUGUGGUGAACAAAAAACUGAACUGCAAUGUCCCACAUUUGAAAUAAUGCCACCAUCACGUCGAUCAUCAUUUGAUCCGCCUCGUUCACCGUAUUUGGAAAAUUUGCGAAGCCCAUGUGAAACCGAUCCGGAGAUAAUGAAUUUAAAUCGCCUGGAUUCGGCUGGUGAUAGUUUUGAAAUGAUUGAUACAGAUCGAAAUCAUGAAUCAAGUUUUGAGAGCCGAUAUCCAUCAUCAAGUCACACCAGCUUUGAAAUUUCACGUUAUCAAUCGACUAGCUGCGAAGAUCAAACAAGUAGCUUUGAAAUUAUCGACAACGAUGAUAAGAAUACCGGUUUUGAUAUUCGAAAAUCAUCAAUUGACAUUGUUGAUGUGGAAACAUUUCAAAAACGCGAAAAAACUACAUAUACCGGACUGCGUAAAUCAUCAAUUGAAACUCACUUUGAUUUUGAAUCGCCUUCAUCACGUUUUUCCACGCCACGGGCGAAAAAACAAAUAUCCGAACCAAAUAAACAUCACUGUUUAAAAAGUCAUUAUUCGGCAUCACAUCGUGCUCGUAGUCCAUUACUCAAUCAGACAUCGUCAAAUUAUAGUUCGCGUGACAGUCAUGAUUCAUACAGUUAUUCGUCAAGCAAAUGGCAUCAUCAACAACAGCAUCAAAGCAUUACAUCACCGCAGCGAAGCCCAUUUGCCGAUCCAACGAAGCAACAUUUUCCACAUUUCGGUCAAUCAACGACUGGUUUUAUUUGCACCGAUCAACGAUGCGCUGCAAUAUUCGAGCCCAGACCAUGUUCAACAUCAUAUCUAAGCAGUCAUUUGACAUCGAGCUCCGAAUUUGAUGAUUGCUCACCAUCGCCACGUCGAGCGGCUAGUGCCUCACCAAAACAUACAUUCACAUUUCGAAUUGUGCUGAAAAAAGUCGAUAGUUCACCAGAUGCAUUGUAUCCAUCGGCCGAAAGAAGACGCAGCAAAGAUCGGACUACAGACCGCAUUCGACGUCGAGAUAGUCGAAAGAAGAGGUUUUGGGAAACGGGAAAGAGCUUUUAAUUUCAAAAAAAGAAAGACAAAGAUAGAAAGAAGAGCAAAAGAGCAAAACAAUGAAGCAUAAUAAAAAUCAUUAAAUCUUCGAUGGAAGUUAAUGUAUUGAAUAAGUGAAAAAAAAAGUCGUAUCCAAUUUUUGUAUUUUCCACUUUUAAAAAUCAUAUACACCUCAUCGUAUUUUUUAUACAAAAACAUUUCUCAUAAAAAAAAAACUGUUGAAUGUGUGGCAAAUAAAAUGUGUUUAUCGUUAUAAAUUAGAUAGGAAGCAGAAACUCAAUUAAAAUAUUUCUGAAAUAGAAUCAUUUCAACAAACUAAUUUGAAUGCGAUCUCUAAAUGAAUCGAAGAAUUCAUCGAACAUCAUAUUUCCAUUUUAAGCGAGACGACAUUCGACAAGAUGUUUAUUGCUUAUGCAAUAAUGAAAUUCUUUUAUUAAAUAAUUUACAAUUGAACGAUUUAAAAGAAGAUACCAAACAAAAAGAGAAACCAGAGCAUAUACUGAGCAUAGAUAUAUAUCCGGGAUAUUUUGUGAGUAUCCGAUAUUUAUCGCAGCCAGAUAUUAUAAUGGAGUGAAAACAAUAGAAGUGAUUGUUAUAGGUCUAAGUAUAAAACCAUUUACAUUACUACAACCACUAUAACAAUAACUUCUAUUGUUUUUACUCUAUUUCAAAGUCUGGCUCCAAUGAAUAUCGGAUACUGACAAUAUAUCCAGGAUAUAUAUCUAUGCGUAGUAUAUGCUCUGAGAGAAACCAUUAAAUUUACUUUUCCCUUUGGGUAAACUUCAUACAAGGAAUCAACAACUAUGUCAACCCGUUUUUUUUCUAAAUGAACUAUAUUAACAUAACUGCUGACGUUCCAGCAAUGUAUUAAAAAUUAUCAAAUUAAUUCAAUACUGGUGUUGAGAUGCUUUAGUUAUUAUUAACAUUUAAAUUAGGUAUAAUGAAUAUUACCUCUUGUUCGUUGUGAUACUUUCAUUUAAAAUAAUAUUUAUUGUGAAGAAAUGAGUUCAUGUGUUUUAUGAUUCGUGUGUGUAGACAAAUGUAUUAUUUUUCUUUCUUGAAGAAAUUUGUUAAUGUAUUUGAAAUCACCAUUGAAUUAAAUGGGUGCAAAAUGUUUUUGUGAAAUAUUCCCUGAAUUUGAGGGGGAGAGGGGACAAGAAUGAUAUUUUAGAAUAAAGGAUAAGUUGAUAGGAUCUUUUAAAAGAAUAAAUGCGACCAGUUGCAAAUAUCGUGUAUAUGUAUAUGUUCAUCCUGUUGACGAAAUAAUAAUAAUAAUAAUAAUAAUAAUCGUAAGAGAAAUAAAAGAACUUCCUUUUUGUCUCCGUUUUAUUUCUCUAUUAUUAAAAAUGUAUCUGAUUAGAGAAAUGAAUUUAUCCGAAAUGUUUUACGAUUUUUAUUCGAAAUCAUGACUAUCUCUUAAAAUGCAAUUUAACCAAUUAAGCAAUGUCAAGUUUAGUCUUAAGGAAACACAAAAAGAAUAUUGAUGAAAAGAAAACGCUCAAGUGAAAUCAAACAUUAUAUACAUACAUCGAUGACGAUGUUAAAGACAUUUUAUUGAUUGAAUUUUGUUCGAAUGCAUAAUGUUCAUACAUGUAUGAUAAAUCGAUUGAUUACCAUCUGAAUCGACCGAAAAUAAUUUUAUUUUUCAUCAAUAUACAAAGAAGAUUGUUCUCGUUUAUGUGUGGUUAAAAGAAAUGUAUGGUGGUAAGGGUAAUAUCUCGCACACUUUGUAAUUCAUUCUCCCUCAGAUCAGUUGAAACAAUGAAAUGUCGUCUGAUGAGAAAAGCAAAGAAUGUGAUGUUGUAUGACCUUACACUCCCGGUGUUUAUUACAGCCACCUUUUUACUUGUGUCUUUUAUAUGCAAUCUUCACAUAUUUUAUCUAUUUGUUUUCUCAUUGCUGAGACUAAUGUAAUUUUAAAUAGUAAACAAAUAUUUUAUCUAAUUGGCCAUCGUUGAAUUAACAAAAAUGGCCAAUUUUCAAAUUCGUACUAACCAAAUAAAAAAUCAGACUGUCAGCGAUUAAUAAGAGCGACAUUUUGCGAAUUGCAUUUCUGCCGACAGAGCAAAAACACUGGUAAUAUAUAUACAUGUAUGGUAUUUUGUCACUCAAACUAAAAAUGAAAACCAUUCGAAUAAGCAACGUUAAAUCAAAUGUUUAGAGAAAAUAAUUAUAUUUUAUUAAAUGACAGAUAAACUCAAACCAGAUUCUAAAAUUCAAAUGUGUGCAAGAAGUAAACAAAAAUACAAUCUCGUUAAAUGCAACUUAUUUAUAUUGACGCUAACAGUGUAAGAUGUAACGAAUUUAUUUUCUCAAUCCUAUUCCAAGAGAUGUGUUAUAUCACACGCUUUUCACGAUUUUGUGUCAUUCCCGAAGUUUAUAACUUAUAAUAAGUGUUGUUGUUCGUGUGACAUCAAAUAAGAAAAUGUUCAAGGUGAAUGCAAUAUUAAAGGAACAGGUGAAGAUAUAGAUAUCAAAUGGAAUAUCAAAAAGAAAAAAAAAACUCCUGUUUCGAUUUGAAACAUUCAAAGACAUGUGUUUUAAAUAUUUUAAUUUGAUUUUUAUUAGCAAAUAUACGGGUAGGGUAAUCAUCGGUUUCCGGACGAACAACAUUUUUUCUUUAGCUUUCUUACGAUAAUGUUUUUUUUUCGUCCGGAAUCUUAUGUCCUUCACCCUAUUCGCAUAUAUUCUCAACGACUGAGAUUUCACAACAAAAUGAACUUAUUUUAAUUUUUUUAGAUAAUCGUUUAACAUUCAUUUAACAAAUAUAUAGAAUUUAUCGUGUUAAAGUUAUAGUGCCAAAACAAAAUCAUUUUUAUCCAAUUUGUUCAUUAUUUUCCGUAUAAUUGAUAUUUGCGAUCAAUUUGAAAUUCCUACCGACAUUUUUAUGUGAAAUCUUUGAAUUUAAGAAAUGAUUAUAAGAUUUAAAAAAAAAUGCAUUCAAGAAUUCAUAUGUUUAUGUGUAACUGAAGAACAAUAUUUUGAGCACUUUGCAGUCAAUGGAAAAUUCCAUGACACAAACAUUUCAUUGUAUAUAAUGUGAUUUUUGUUGUCGUAUAUGUUCGUUCAUAAAUAUUUUCAUGAUCUGUUAGAUGUUUGCUUUCCGUUUUUCAAGUUGAAAAGAAAACAUCAUAAAAUAUAUACUUUCAAGCAAAUUGAUUUCAUAUAAUUUAUCAUAAAUGUUUUGAUUUUUUUCUGGACGAAAUGAA